GAAGCUAUUGAGCCAGCGAGGAGUGAAGCUGAGUCUGCCUCAUACACUCCUAGAGGACCGCCUCCAGAAUAGAGUUCUUUUCGCCCCUUCCUCCUUCUCCCAGCUCCUCUCCUGGCCUUUCUACCCGCCCAAUACAAUGCACACCCGAGUGGCAGCCCCAGAGAACUGAAGCAAACCAAAGACAGAGGACUGGAGCGAAGACACUUCUGGUGGGGAAGCUUGGAUGCCUGGCUUUCUUUGAGGUCAUCUUUGGAACAAGGGUGGCUUUGGGGUGGAGGGUCGUGCUGCAGGGAACCCAGCCAGGCCCCAAGAUGGACACUUCUGGGCACUUCCAUGACUCGGGGGUGGGGGACCUGGAUGAAGACCCCAAGUGUCCCUGUCCAUCCUCUGGGGAUGAGCAACAGCAGCAACAGCAACCGCCACCACCGCCAGCGCCACCAGCAGUCCCCCAACAGCCUCCAGGACCCUUGCUGCAGCCUCAGCCUCCGCAGCUUCAGCAGCCGCAGCCACAGCAGCAGCAGCAACAGCAGCAGCAGCAGCAGCAGCAGGCUCCACUGCAUCCCCUGCCUCAGCUUGCCCAACUCCAGAGCCAGCUUGUCCAUCCUGGUCUGUUGCACUCCUCUCCCUCGGCUUUCAGGGCUCCUACUUCAGCCAACUCCACCGCCAUCCUCCACCCUUCCUCCAGGCAAGGCAGCCAGCUAAAUCUCAAUGACCACUUGCUUGGCCACUCUCCAAGUUCCACAGCCACAAGUGGGCCUGGUGGAGGCAGCCGGCACCGGCAGGCCAGCCCCCUGGUGCACCGGCGGGACAGCAAUCCCUUCACCGAGAUAGCUAUGAGCUCCUGCAAAUACAGCGGUGGGGUCAUGAAGCCCCUCAGUCGCCUCAGCGCCUCUCGGAGAAACCUUAUCGAGGCCGAGCCUGAGGGCCAACCCCUCCAGCUCUUCGGUCCCAGCAACCCCCCAGAGAUUGUCAUCUCCUCCAGGGAGGAUAACCAUGCCCACCAGACUCUACUCCAUCACCCCAACGCUACCCACAACCACCAGCAUGCUGGCACCACUGCCAGCAGCACCACCUUCCCCAAAGCCAACAAGCGGAAAAACCAAAACAUUGGCUAUAAGCUGGGACACAGGAGGGCCCUGUUUGAAAAGAGAAAGCGACUGAGUGACUAUGCUCUGAUUUUUGGGAUGUUUGGAAUUGUUGUUAUGGUGAUAGAGACCGAACUGUCUUGGGGUUUGUACUCAAAGGAUUCCAUGUUUUCGUUGGCCCUGAAAUGCCUUAUCAGUUUAUCCACCAUCAUCCUGCUGGGUUUGAUCAUCGCCUAUCACACGAGGGAAGUCCAGCUCUUUGUGAUCGACAAUGGUGCAGAUGACUGGAGGAUAGCCAUGACCUACGAGCGCAUCCUCUACAUCAGCCUGGAGAUGCUGGUGUGUGCCAUCCACCCCAUUCCUGGAGAGUACAAGUUCUUCUGGACCGCACGCCUGGCCUUCUCCUACACCCCUUCUCGGGCAGAGGCGGAUGUGGACAUCAUCCUGUCCAUCCCCAUGUUCUUGCGCCUGUACCUGAUCGCCCGAGUCAUGCUGCUGCACAGCAAGCUCUUCACCGACGCCUCCUCCCGAAGCAUCGGGGCCCUCAACAAGAUCAAUUUCAACACCAGGUUCGUCAUGAAGACGCUCAUGACCAUCUGCCCCGGCACGGUGCUGCUGGUGUUCAGCAUCUCUCUGUGGAUCAUUGCCGCCUGGACCGUACGCGUCUGCGAAAGGUACCACGACCAGCAGGACGUGACCAGUAACUUUCUGGGCGCCAUGUGGCUCAUCUCCAUCACGUUCCUGUCCAUUGGUUAUGGGGACAUGGUGCCCCACACAUACUGCGGGAAAGGUGUCUGCCUUCUCACUGGCAUUAUGGGUGCAGGGUGCACUGCCCUUGUGGUGGCUGUGGUUGCCCGCAAGCUCGAACUCACCAAAGCAGAGAAGCACGUUCACAACUUCAUGAUGGACACUCAGCUCACCAAACGGAUCAAGAAUGCCGCCGCUAACGUCCUGCGGGAAACAUGGCUAAUCUAUAAACACACAAAGCUGCUAAAGAAGAUUGACCACGCCAAAGUCAGGAAACAUCAGAGGAAGUUCCUCCAAGCGAUCCACCAACUGAGGGGUGUCAAGAUGGAACAAAGGAAGCUGAGUGACCAAGCCAACACCCUGGUGGACCUUUCCAAGAUGCAGAACGUCAUGUACGACCUAAUCACGGAGCUCAAUGAUCGGAGUGAAGACCUGGAGAAGCAGAUCGGCAGCCUGGAAGCCAAGCUGGAGCACCUCACGGCCAGCUUCAACUCCCUGCCCCUACUCAUCGCAGACACCCUGCGCCAGCAACAGCAGCAGCUGCUCACUGCCUUCGUGGAGGCCCGAGGCGUCAGUGUGGCAGUGGGAACUAGCCACGCACCUCCCUCUGACAGCCCGAUAGGGAUCAGCUCCACCUCCUUCCCAACCCCGUACACAAGUUCAAGCAGUUGCUAAAUAAAACUCCCCACUCCAGAAGCAUUACCCAUAGGUCUUAAGAUGCAAAUCAACUCCUGGUCACUUUGCUAUCAAGGAAGUUUCAGACCAGGGACGGAAGGAAGAGAAGUGGAGCUGAUGAACUAAUUCACGUUCUUUCGGCGUGCUUGGUUCGAUUUGCCUUGAAACCAGACGUCUAAUCUCUGUUUAGGUGCCUCUACUUGGGAGCUGGAAGAGGAGGUGACUGGAAGCAACACCUCUGUCAGGGCCCUUGCUGCAGAGCUGGCGGAGGACAGAAAUCCCUACUCAAUCUCAGGUUUUCACAGGGAGGUGGGGAGGGGCAGCCACUCUGAGGCAGCUGAAAGUGGGGUGCAUUGGGCAAGGGUGGUAUCAGGUUUGGGAAAGGAACUCCUGGCUGCCUUGGGACCUUAGAGGCGUCUCUCCCAUCCUUUUGUCCAAGAAAGCCCCUGGGUGGUAAAAGUAAAAAGAGAGCUGCCCAGAACUUUCCAAAAUGGACAUAGCCAAAUUAGAUUGGGGUGGGGGGUUGCAUAGACAAAUGAAAAGCCAGAUUUUCCACCCAAUAAUACUAUUGAACACACACACACAGAUGUUCCAUCUAGGUCCUUUUUUCUUUGAGUUGAGCCCAAUGAAAGGGACCUGGUUCCUUGCUGUGCACACGGUGAGGAAGGUCUAAAUUUGCAUUGAGAUGAAGUGUGAGGUGUGUUUGGUAGAAGUUAGCAGGUCCUGGCCACAUUCUACGUGACUUAAGAUUUGGGUCCCUCCUCCACAAUGUCCUAGACACAUGCCUUGCCUGAUUCUAGUGUGUGCCAUCCCCAAACUGUUGGCAUUCUGGAGAGAGAAGCAGAUGUCUAAAAAUAACGAUUUCCCAGAGUUUUCUUCCAGCCAAAUAAGCUGUGUCUGAUGGGCCCUGAGUUCUCAGGGGUCUGUAUGUGGGAGACGAGAGUGUGCCUGAUGCCACCAUAGUGAACAGAACUGCUGUCCGGGCUUUGCUGAGGUAUCAUCACCCAGAUGUAGGAUCGUGAAAGGGUCAGUUACUGAGUUGGGCGAAGGAUGGAGAGUGUUCCUGUGGUCCCCUCUACCUUACCUGGACUCACCUCAAAAUGAAACACUGUGAGAGCACAGGGAGCCCCAGGACGUGCGUAAAUGAGGGGUUCAUUUGUUAGAAGCCUGUUUCUGUUCUGUCGUGUUUGUUUUGCGGCGAAAACUACUCCACUGAAUCUCAAAGCCUAUAGACUCCAGAACCAUCUAGAUCCAGGCUAGGGAUAGGCGCUCUGCUUGCUUCACUGCCCUGUGAUCUGACCAUACACAGCAUCUGGGAGGUGAGAACUGCCAGUUACCACUUUCCCCAUUCUGAGGUCCUUGAUUUCUGCUUGUAAGAAGUUAUGUAUGGAGUAAUUCAUCUGUCUUUGGUAGAACAAAAGGGUGUUAUCUGUGUCUGGUUGCUAUCUUGAGAAUAGCCCUUUGAGCAGCUAUUAUGGCCACCCUGGAGGCACUGCCUUACUGUGUGGGUUUUUCUUGUGCAAUGCUGUUCCUGGUCCUGUUAGGACAGGGAUGGCUGGAUAUUGUGGUGGACAGCUGUGGCGUGGAGGUCACUCGGUUUCUUUGCUCAGUCUCAUGUUUGUCAUACUGUCUUGCUGUCUUGUGCUUUGUUUUGCAGCACUGGAGACCAGACCUGCGGCCUCAUGCAUGCUAGGCAAGUGCAGUUCCCCUCACCCACACCCCAGCCUGCUGCUGUUGUCUUAAUGGCUUAUCUUCUUAAUGGCCUAUCUCCAUCUCUCCCCUGAGCCUUUUCAUUAGCUGUUUUGCACACCAGAGAGGCCACAUUUGUCGUUAGUGUUUAAUUCUUUCUACUUGUUCUUUUAAUUAUUAAUUAUCUGAAAGAUUAUUUUUAUCCCAAGAAUGGUAUUGCUGUUUGCAGUUUAACCGAACCGACAGGCACGUAUACAAAUAGAUGAGAUGGCCUUGUGCCCCCCUACCCCCACCCCAGCAUUGGCUGCAUUUCGCAGAAUGACGGCUCCUGAUGGGUCCACUUCCUGCUCAUUUGGCCUAGAGCCCUGGACUGGUUUUCUCUGCUCUCCCCUUGCAUCCUGCUGUGAUCUUUUGUGGGGUAGGCACGCAUGGCACAGCUCGAGAUUAGUCUCCACAAAUGACUUGCGAGAUUCCACUGCCUCUGCUGCCUUGUGUCCAUCCUGGUCUGGACAUCGUCUGAAAUCUGUCUCUUUGUUGAUUUUCUUGCUAAGUAAACCCUGGAGACUAAACUGGCAAUGCUAAUCCAAAGAAUGGCUGGAGUUGUUUCCAGGAGGGACCACUAGCAUCGGAGAGACAUGUGGGCGUAUUUGUAGGGUAGCCUGGCCUACUGGAAGUGCAAUAACUGUGUGUGGUUUUAUCUCUAGUGAAAGAAUAUACCUCGUGAAAAGUGACAGGAAUCUGAAGGUUGGUUCUGCAAUGACAAAUGAACUGCCGUUUCUGCCCUAGUAUUUCAGCUCGACACGGGAAGUAACACUUCUCUUGCAAAUACAAUCAGCCCUCCCUGGCCUAGGUAUUGGGGAUCCUGGUUAUAGCUCACGCAGAUAUAUUCCUGCAUCUUUCGGCUGAUCCCACAUCACCUGAGCAUCUCUGGCUGUAGGGAAGGAGGCUAACAGACCCUAUGGCUGUAUGUUAGUGGGACAAGUUUGAGUCUCAAGAGUGGGUAUUCAAACCAUGAAUUGCUGUAAUGUUACUCUAGCCCUGAACUGGUCGAAUUCCACCCCCUCCUGGAAGGCUUGCCAAUGGCAGAGGCCUUCCUGCCAUCCUUCAGGAAUGCAGUAGCAUAUGGAAGCACUCCAAUAUUUCCCCAAAAAUCUGGACACUUGAAUUAAAAACCUAGAGCCACCCUCUCAUUGCUUAAGCCAUAUUAUAGCUUCAUGUACUGUGAAGUCAGGGAUGUACUGUGAUACUCCAAGACCACUGAGCUCAGAGGGAUUCGGGACAUAGCAUCAGCUGGUCAUUUAUACCCAGCUAGAAGCCCAUUCCUUCUUAGAUUGAAGUCCAAAUAAAAAUCCGCACCUUUGGCUCAAAGGCCACGCAUGCGAUCAUUAUCACUAAAUUGUCAUGAAGUGUCUGAGAGCCAUCUUUACCACCUUCAUAAUGUCUAACUCCAUGACAUCAUGUCUUGAUAUGAUCCAAAAGAUUGCGAGGGGCAUAGCCAUGAGUCACCAGUGACUGUGACCCCAGUAGGGUCCAGCGCUGUAUGUAACAACAAUCUUGUAAAUUAGAUGUAGAAACUGUACAUGAAACUUAGUUCUCAAGUGCUUAGCAAGUUAUUAAAGGCCAAGAAAGGGCAUUGAAAAUGAUGACUUUUAAUAUAUUUAGAGAUCUUCCCCUUCACUUUGCAGUAAUCUCCUUGCAAAGAAGUCAUGGGAAGAAGAAAACUGGGGAUAUAUACAAAAUCAGAAUAGAGAAAACAUUGAGACUGGAGUCGCAUAUCUGGCCAGUAUGUCUUGGUUUGUGUGUAUUUCAAGACGAAUUAAUAAUUCAGUUCAAAGUAUUUGGUAAAGGACAAAUGAGACCACCGCUGUCAGCACAGCAGAAAUGACCGGCUAAUCCACACUUAGAUGUUAUAUCUGAGUGUAGGGAAAGUUACCAAAAAGGAAUCAGAUAGAUAGUAAAGUCAACAGGGCAAAAUAUGGGGUGUGUGCAUUGUUCCUCUGGAGUGUGAUAAACAGUGAACCCAAAGCUGAGUCAGUGUUUCAUCUCCAGACAGCCAGGCUGCUGCUGGAGACGCCCAGCGGCGACCCUGUGACAUCACUGCCCUUCCUCAGCUACUGUUCUGACAUGCUCAAACAGGCCCCUUCUCAUGCAGCCACUCCACUGCCCCAAACUUCUAGACGCAGAUUAAGGAUCCAUUCGUGGUCAUUUUGCUGUCCCUGUUGACUCCAUGGCCUUUGGUUUCAGUUCCUUAGACAGCGAUCUGCAGGCUUCCUGGCAGCCAUGAACAGUCCCUUCUCUACCCUUCAGUCAGUUGACUUGAUCAUGCCUUGGGUAGUAUCCCUUCCUUCUCUACUACUGCCAAAGCAAACAUCUGGGUAAUGGGAUUGUAGCCAGCCCUAAGACGGGGAGCGGAGGGGUAGCAAUAGUGUCCGCCUGUGGUAGCAGGAGGCUUUCGCAAGGCUGCAUGAAUAGCCACUGACUGUUAACCCUGGCAGACAAGGAAUACAUAGAUUUUUAUUGAAUUAGGCCACAUCUUAUGAACAAGUGCCCUGUGCCGCAGCCAAUAGACAGCCACAGAGGGGACCGUAACUACGAUCUUUUUGUCUUACGCCCUUACUGGAAGCACUCAAACAUGAACUGGAGUUCCCUCUGACCAACAUGUCAAAUCUUCAACAGACCACCUCCAAACCAGGUGCCACGCGCCUUGCCACAGUUGUUUACACACCGCGAAACGUAUUCUGGAAGCUGUGACCUCGGGUCUGGACUGAAAAGGGACCUUGUGACCAAUCAAGCUGGUGGAGGAAAAAGCACAAACUUCAAUACCAACCUCUAGUCAAGAUCCCAAAGAAAUGCUGACAUUUCUGGCAAAAUAAAUAAAUAAAUAAAAUAAAAAAUAAAUAGGAACAGUGGCAAAUAAAAAACACAACCAAAUCUGACGGAACAGCCGACAUCCAGCUUCCCGGAGCGAGGAUGGGGCUAAACACCAUUCUCCAGCGGUAUCAGUUUUUGGGUCCCGACCAGGGCUGACCCACCUUCAUCAUACGUGGAGUUUAAUUGGCGCAAUAACAUGACGGAUUUAGUCCCAGACUCUCCAUUCUGUGCUGGCCACACGAGAACAAAAGUGAGCGAUAGGAUGUUGAUGGAGGAGCCAUUUUCAUAGCAAACUCAGAAAUGGAAGUGUUUAUAUUCCAAACUAGAUGGGCUUCAGUAUGAAUUUGCAUCUUGCCUCUGUACUGCUUGCUAUUUUUUAACGAUAGGAGAAAGCAUAACAGUUUAUUUUAAAUAUGAGAUAUAUUGCUAUAUUAUGAAAUAUAUUGUAACUUUCGAUUAACAUUUUGUAUCGAGCUAGUCUUUAGCAGGCUGAGUGACAGCCUGCUUUCCUAACAACUGUUUCUGAGUACACAUCGCUCUUAGUGGUUGCCUGACCCCCAGGCCCAGGUCCUGGUUCCACAGCGUGCCGGAUGGCCAUAUCCUCAUUCUCCAAGACUGAGUGAGUUGUAGAGACAAAAAUAGCCCUGACAUGAACUUAGAAGAAUCAUUCUACCCCCGAUUCUAUCAAGCCAUUUCAGAAGUGAUGUUUAAACCAUCACCCCUUCAGGAGCUGUCAGCCAGUUUAGUACAAGCGUAGACUCUUUCCAUCUAAAUGCAAAGGGCCCAUUCUGUAAAUUAUUGCCUCGGGCACAGCCAACUAGCUUUCCUCUGGCAAUAUCAGAAUUAGGCAUUAAAAAACAGUCUUGUUUACUUUGCCUCAAAAUACUCAAAAUUCUUAGUGUUGAGUUUUUCAGUGUAAGAGGGCAACCAAGCUUAGAAUUCUCUGCAGGCAGAACCCAGUGAGAAGUGUAUGUGCCCUUCUCUGAGUUGCAGUCUCUCUGGGGGAUCAAGGUUUCUGCAGUUUGUCAUUGGGCCUGAGGAGAAGACAGAGUGUGCACAGCGAGACCCACAGAAAGCCAGCUUCCUUGUCUGCUCUUUACUCUCGUUGGGAGGAGGUGGGCCUGACCACCGCAUUUCCCCUAAGCGGCUCACGAAACCUAUUCCCUUCUCACAACAGCACCUGAGACACAUAGAGUUUCAGAGUUCCUUCCUUUGAAUUGCCAUGGUCUUAUCCUGUACCAUAGUGGAUGAAGGAAGUCUUCCAUAAGUCCACACGUCUCCCGUGAGGACCUUGCUUCUGGCCAUCACUCCUACAGAACACUGGACAGGUGCAGACCAAGUAGCAUCAGGGGAGAGCUACCUGCCUGCCUCUUCCCUUCACCAACUCUAGACAUGCACGCAGAUCCACAGAGCAUGCAGGACCAUAAGUGCUGCCCUGGACAAAAAUCUAGAAAUCUCCAAGUCUCCCUGAAUUUCAGCCUAGAUAGGGCUCGGGCCUCAUGGCACCUGUUAGUCAUGCCCAAUGGCAGGCAAGUGUCUAAAUGCCCGGUACCAAUCUGCUGGGGAAGCCAGGGCUAUCUGUGUGCGCAAGUCGUGUUUCUUUCUCACGGCAUCUGCACUGCUCCUCAGUUAUCUGCUAGGCUGAGCUUCAUUAAAGCCAUCAGAACUCCAGGGCACCUGUUUUCAGCACAUUUCUUACUCACUGGGCAAUGGAAUGAGCUAACUCUCAAUUCGGUAAUUGACUGAGAGACAUUGAUUUGUUUCUUUAUACAUCUCCUGCUCAAAACUGGAGCUGUUUUGACUUUUCUGCCUAGUACUCUGUAGACCAGCUACGAUGUUUACAUGUAUAGAGAACAUGUAUAUUCUUCUGACCUUUGCCAUCGAUGCAGUAACUCAUCCACAGUCAAGGAUACGAGCCUAAAUUCCAGAUCUCGAGGAAGCAGGCUCUGGGCAAUAAUUCAUGUGCGUAGCCAUAUACUGAUCCUUGCUACUCCCAGUAAAAGCCAGAGACUGACAGCGUUCACAUCCCCUUAAGCCCUUAGACUCAGAUCCACAGGCCCCAUGCCAAGCCCACUCAAUCACAAUUGGCAUUUCAACCAGAGCCCCUGGAGAUCUGUAUGCAGUCAACACGGAGGAGGGCCGACCUCACCACACUGCAAUGGUAAUCAAUAAUUUAGAAAUUCUGCUAUUUCUUUCACAGACCUCAGUUACCAAAUUGUUUGGUAAUGGACAGGUCUUACAUGAUUGUAAGGAUGAAGAUGCGUGCAUCUUAAAAUUUCAUUUGCUGUUGCACAGCCUAAAUGAUAGGCAUGGACCGUACUAUCAGGAGGAGUGGCCUUUCUUGAGUGUGAUGUGAAAAUCAUUCAAGUCACAGCAUCGAGCCCCCUCAGAGCCCCCUCUGAGCCUAUGCGAGUGGCUGUGGAUAAGGUGGAUCCAGGACAAGUCCCUGGAUAGAAGGCGCCUGGGUUUCUCCCAGUGCAGCAUUGGGCAUCUCUGGUCCCUUGUCCCUCCAUGAAGAAGGCAGCCUUCCCAGUGAAGACUUUCCUCCUAGGGACUAGAAAAAGAGCUCAGUUCAGCCAUUCAGACACAGUCCAAAUCUCCCAAGGCUAUUCUCCUGUUCGUCACAUCAGGCAAGGUGGGCAAGGAAAGAUGUGAGUUCUGAUAUUGGCACCCUAAAUUGAUAUGUACCCAGAAACAGUUAUAUUCUAAAUUAAUGGCUUUAACCUGUUCAUUGUAAAAAGUGCCUUGGACUUCAAUCUAAAAGAGGUCAGUAUAAAUAUGUAUGUGUGUGUGAUGUGUAUGUAGGCAAAUAUUUACAUAUUUAUACAUACAUAGGUGCACACACAUAUACCUGCACAUUCAUAUAUAAUAUAUACAUACAUAUAUAAAUGCUUCAUAAUAUAUCAUAUUGCUAUUCACAGCUUCAUAUUUUGUUUGGUCCUAUGUUUAUUUGUUUAGUGAGAUCUUUACAUAGAAAGGUUCUAUUCAGGACAUGGAUGUAUUUUUUGUUUGUUUUUUACUUUUUAUUAAAAAGGUAAAGGAUAUUAAAAGACAAAAAAGCAAA